GACACUACGUUGGUACUUUCUGAAGCAGACAACAUUCAUGUUAAUUCAACGUUCUGCGAAAAUUUCCCGCGAUUUUAUGAUUUUUGUGCCCUGUCAUAUUCUUCUAUUGUUUAUUUUAAAGCUUUGAACAAUCUUCAUUACGAUCAACAUGAUGUUUAUGAAACAAUGCCUCCCAAAACCUGUACCUGGAGAGCUUCUCAAGAAAAGUGCUGUACUAAAGCCACUUUUUGCCAAAUCAAAUGCUGAUAAAAAUUGGUUUCUUUAUUCCACUGCUAAACUGUCAACAUCAGUUGCUGUCAAUUCUAGCUUGCAACCUGUUUUAAUGAACUUCUCUGCAUAUGAAGAAAAGAAAGAUCCUGGUGGUAAUGCCAGGGUCCUACUCAUCAUGCAUGGCAUGAUGGGCUCUAAAAGUAAUUGGAAUUCUUUAUCAAAAGUGCUUAAUGCCAAAACUUCAUUCAAAGUAAUUGCGGUUGAUGCACGCAAUCAUGGAGACAGUCCACAUUCACCAGAGCACACUUAUGAACAUUUGGUAGAAGACAUCAGACAUCUUAUGGGCAACCUUGGCAUUAAAAAAGCUUCUUUUAUUGGACAUUCAAUGGGAGGGAGAGCUAUGAUGAAGGCAGCCCUCAAAUAUCCAGAACUUGUUGAAAAAUUAGUUGUUGUGGACAUUUCACCAAUUGGUACUAGUCCUCAGUUAAUGACCAUGGGUAAAUACUUCAAUGCUAUGAAAUCCAUUCGACUUCAACCCAAUAUACCCCUGUCAGUAGCUCGUAAGAAUGCCGAUCAACAACUUUCUUCAACUAUCAGUGAUAAACCUUUACGGGACUUUCUUAUAAUGAAUUUAAUUGAAGCUGAAAAGGGGAAAUAUACGUGGAAAAUCAAUCUAGAUGCACUGGCUAACAAUUUUAUGACCAAAAUUGCCACUUUUCCUAAAAUUAAUAGUACUUUUGAAGGACCAACAUUAUUCAUUGGUGGUACCAAGUCUGACUACCUAAAUCCUGAAGAGGAGCCCGAGAUUAGAAAAAUAUUUCCUGCAGCCCAAUUUGCUUAUGUUCAGGAUGCUGGACAUUUAGUUCACGUUGAAAAGCCAGCUGAAUUUUUAUCUUUGACAAUUCAAUUUUUAUUACAAAGUCAUUAAAGGGCAAAUUUUUGAUCGCUAACAUUGUUAACAUCUAGUUUCGUUUAGAAUUAGCUAUACAACAACAUUGAAGGAGCUGAAAAUAUAUAUAAGUCUGUGGUAGACUCGAAGGUGGCUUGUUAUGUACUCCAUCUUAAUGUUUAGUCGGAAAAUGUUUUCUCGUCUGCGGAUCAUUAUGUUAAAGAAAGCUAUAUUUUUGAA